CGUGUACGUGCUUCAUUCUGUUCUUCAGUACGCUUGUGUCGAUCGUAGGCAACGGAUGUAUAUCGUCGUACGCGUGUUUUUUCUGAACUCUGCGGGUGAUCCGGAAAUAUUGACAAUGAUCAAUUAAGAGAGAAAUAAAUAAAUUUCCCUUUACGAAAUAAACUAUUUUUAUUAAUCCUGUGAAAAAUUAAUUCUAACAUUGUUUUAUGCCAAGCAUUAAAAUUUAUUUAAAAAGUGAAGUUUACAGAAUAAACGUGAAAUAAAGUGUUGAUUCAGUAAGACGAAGUGUAAUUUAAAUUGACAAAAUAAUGUUAAUUGUAAUAGUAUAUAAAAAUUUUCGUAGUUCAGAAAUUAAAUUGUGAAGGCAGAGUUACUCAGAAUGAAAUACAGUUUUUAGAUUACUAUAGUCUUCAAAGAAAAUUCUCUUCGCUUCAAUAAAAGAAAAACUAAUUUUCAAAUAGGGUGAAAGUAUACAUGAAUUAUAGAGCAAAGAAUUUACAGACAAAUGGGAAUCUCUUAUAGAAUGUUGAUCUUCUGACAUAUCGCGAAAUAUAUCAAUGCAAGAUGAAUUGUACUCUUCACACGUCAUUUAGUUAAAUCGCGAAGAUGCAUACAAACGUAUAAGUCAUAUUCCCAUCGAACUUACGCACGGACGAAGUAAUCCCGCCAAGAACCGUUCAAUUUUCGCGAUGACGUCCAUACUGUCCGGAGAAAAGAGCAGCGCGGCGAGGAUGAAGCAAAAACUGAUGAGAGAUGCGCCUGCUACGAAGGAAGACACGAGGUCCUUCCUAAACUUCUCGCGAGAAAACCUGAGUAUCUCGCACUCCGACUUCGAGCAAGGAUUCAACAGAUCGCGAUUUGCGAAACCGAGCAGGAACACGAUCCUGAGCGUGGCCGCCCUUAUGGCCGUCGUUCUCUGCCUCGGUCUUCAGAGUUGGAAACUGCUGUUGAACACGCGCGAAAUCGAGCAGCUAAGAAGAGACGUCGACAUCCUCAAACAUCGGUUUUUGGAACAGGAACUCAUGGACAAGCUCAAGGCUUUCGAGGAACAGCUGUACGCCGAAGAAUCUACCGAGGAUAAUGAUCCAAGCGAGACGGACAUCGACAACUCUGAUUACGACUCUAAUUACGACGACGACGGUUCAGCGUCGCACGAUUAUUCCGGUGACUAUCAUACUCCCUUGACUUACGGUGCCAGAUCAUCGGAUUUCCGCGACAUUACAUCAACGUCGAUACCAAUACCUACGCCACCGGAACCCGGUGUCAAUGAGGAUAUGGUCGAGCUGUUGACAGCCUUACGCAAGGUCGAGGCGAAGCACGGACAGGACUUCGAGAAGAACGUACGAGAAAAUCACAAAAAUAUCGAGCGGGAGCGUCUUAAAGGAAAACACAAGGGACAAUCGAGUCACGAGGAGAAAACGAAUGAUGCUAACAGCACCAGACACAAGUCCGACGUUAUCGUCAGGGGACCUAGGAGUUCAGGAUUCAUUAAAGAGAGCAACAAAUCGAAGCGAUCCGUAAACGAUGGUUUGCCCGACGACCCCAUGAGAGAUACAACAAAUGGCAAACGACACAAUACUAGGAGAAUUAUCGUGCCUAGAACACGUUCUUAUACAAGCGGCGAGAGCGACGCGAAUAACAAUUCUGAGACAGAUCCAACACCACAUCCUCCGAAGAAGUAUCACGCCCAUUCGUUGGAGACGAUUUCCGUGCGUCGUGAUCGAUUAAAUGAGGAGAUCACUGAAUCCGAUAGAUAUGGGACUGAAAGCACGGAAACUACAGGUGACAGAAGGGUCAGCUGGCGAAAUCGCGACAUUUCGGGAAACAGAACUGAAAUUCGCCGGCCCGUUCAGGUUUAUGCGGUCCAUUAUGGGGCGGACAGCACCCUUUUCUCAACGCAGGACGAGCACACCGGUAAUGGAAGGGCGCGACACUACAAUGGCAUCUUCAGAGCGUGGCAACCGAGCGAAUGGGUCGCCAAUUUUGGUAUGGGCAGGCACUUCACGCUUGCUAGCGACGGCAAACUCACCGUGCACGAGCCGGGAUUGUACCUGGUGUACGCGCAGAUCCACUAUUUGGACGAGCACGACGAGAAUGGCUUUCACAUGCUAGUGAAUGGCAGGCCUGUACUGCAGUGCAUGGUAUACAGUCCAGGGGUUGGGCACAAAAGUCGCUCGUGUUUUUCUGCCCAAAUAACCAUUCUUCAAGCAGGCGAUCACUUAGUACUGAAAGAUAUUGGAUCAGCGAGGUACACUCUUUUCCAGCAUGAUAAAAGUUUUUUUGGCUUAGUAAAAGUCGGUGAAGUGAGACAACAGCAGAGACAUUCAUCGACACAUCAGUAAUUUUAAACGCUGUAGAAUUAUCAGCGCUAAAACAGUGAUAUGCGAUUUAUAGUCAUCAGCUUACCAUGUCUUUAAAAAUUAGUUGUAAUUUACACAAUUUGUACCUAAUGUAUUAUAAUACAUUUUUAACUCGCAA